GCUAUGGCCGAAGCUGUGGUAGAAGAAAGACCACCGGUACAACCUCGUUUCUAUUGUCAUAAAUGUGACGAGGAAAUCAAUAUUUCCAACACCGAUUACACAUGUCCCAUAUGUUCGGGAGGCUUUGUUGAAGAACUACCACCAGCUGCUGCAAAUGCUGCACCCUCCAAUGCCGGCGGCGGCGGUGGUGGUAGCGGCAGUAGUGGAAGUAACAAUGCUGGCUUUAACAAUGACGAACUGCAGUUAGAGGCGUUACGAGGACAAAUUGCCAAUUUAUUGGCCUCACGUAAUGGACCCAACUUGGAAAUUAACAUCAAUCCUGGAGCCUUGUCAAGACCACCUAGGGGAAUUGUAUCGCUGGGACCCUCGGUGACAACUGGUGGUGGCCGUGUACGUCCCCAAAGUUUGGGUCUGGAUAAUGUUUUGCUUGAUUUCCUGCAAUCGAUAUCGGUGGGUGGUGGCGGUGGUGGUGCUGACGGUGAAAUGAAUCCCUUCGAUAAUUCACAAUUUUUAUUUAUGGGAAAUUUGGGUGAUUAUGCUUGGGGUCGUGAAGGUUUAGAUACCAUAGUUACCCAGCUAUUAAAUCAAAUGGAAACAUCAGGUCCGCCACCAUUGGCCAAGGAUAAAAUCGAUGAAAUACCCAAAGUUGAAAUAACCCCAGAGGAGAUUGAACGGAAACUGCAAUGUUCGGUGUGUUGGGAAGAUUUCAAAAUACAAGAAAUGGUACGAAAGCUACCCUGUUCACAUGUCUAUCAUGAGGAAUGUAUUGUGCCAUGGUUGAAAUUGCAUGGUACAUGUCCUAUUUGCCGCAAAUCAUUGAACGGGGAGGAAGAAGAAGAUAAUGAUGUCCAUAUGGAUGUUGUUGAGGAUCAGCACCAGAGUACAUCGGCGUCAUCAACAGCAACAUCUACUGCUGCGGGAAAUUCUUCAACAUGUCCCAUACAUCAGCAGCAAAGUGGUACGGCGUCAUCGUCUCAUCAAUAUCGUAAUCAUCAGGAUGGUCAACCAGGUACCAGCAGCAGCAGCAAUAGUGCCAGCAGUGCUUCUAGUCAACAACAGCAGCAACAACAACAACGUUCAAAUCCUACUUCCGACAAUAUAUUUGGCUUUGAAAGAAUGGAUAGUGUUGAUUUGGAUUAA